AUGGGAGGUGACAAUGAAGAGACGUUGCCGGGAAUCCCGCGGAAACUGGAAAGCGUGGAGGAGCUGAUGGUGAAGUGCCAGUGCUGGGUGGAAAAGGAUGGGGAGGAGAGGUUUGCAGAGAUUCUUUCUAUCAACACCAGAAGGGUGCCUCCCAAGUUUUACGUGCACUAUCUCAACUUUAAUAAGAGACUUGACGAGUGGAUCACUUCUGAAAGAAUCGAUCUGGAUAAAGAUGUCGUGUUCCCCAGACCUAAAGAACCGGAUGCUAGUGAAACUUUACAGCCAGCCAACAGGAGUCACAAGAAGCAGAAAAAGAAGCCCCCCGUGGCAUCACCUGCUAUACCUGCUGCGCUGUUGGAUAGUGGGAGUGAGGCGCCAAGUAGAACGGCCACGCCAGAACCAUCAGAAGAUGUCAUGGAUUUGGAUAAUCUGAACGUCCAAGGUAUCACGGAUCAAGAUAUAUCACAGGAGGAGGAGAUCAAAAAAUUGAGGACAUCUGGUUCCAUGACACAAAACCCGCAUGAGGUUGCGAGAGUUAGAAACUUAAACACGGUUGUCAUGGGCGAAUACGAAAUCGAGCCCUGGUACUUCUCCCCCUACCCGGUGGAGUUAACCGACGAGGAUCGAAUAUUCAUUGAUGAUUUUACAUUGCAGUACUUUGGAUCGGAGAAGCAAUACGAGAGGUACAGAAAGAAAUGCACGCUGCGACAUCCGCCAGGGAACGAGAUUUACAGGGACGAUUACGUGUCGUUUUUCGAGAUCGACGGGAGAAAACAGCGAACCUGGUGUCGAAACCUGUGUCUUUUGUCCAAAUUGUUUCUGGACCAUAAGACGUUGUACUACGAUGUGGACCCUUUCUUGUUCUACUGCAUGACUCGAAGGGACGAACUCGGUCACCACUUUGUAGGGUAUUUCUCCAAGGAAAAGGAGUCAGUCGAUGGGUAUAACGUUGCUUGUAUUUUGACUCUACCACAGUACCAGAGGAUGGGGUUUGGUAGGUUACUGAUCCAGUUUUCUUAUGAAUUGUCUAAAAAGGAGAAGAAAGUUGGGUCCCCUGAGAAACCUCUGUCCGAUCUGGGACUGCUAUCAUACAGAGCGUAUUGGACUGAUACUUUAAUAACGGUGCUUGUGGAGCAUGGUAAAGAGAUAACGAUUGAUGAGAUCAGCUCGAUAACGUCAAUGACGACGACUGACAUCUUGCACACAGCCAAGACGUUAAAUAUAUUAAGGUACUACAAGGGACAACAUAUUAUCUUUCUGAAUGAGGAUAUACUUGAGCGGUACGAGAUCUUGAAGAGUAAGAAUAAAAGACACAUUGAUUUCGAGAAACUGAUUUGGAAAGUCCCCGUGUUCACGGCGUCACAACUCAGGUUUGCAUGGUAA